UGUGAUUAAUCAUUGAUUAAAUAUUUCAAUGUGCACGUCACUCACUUUGUACUGUUUACUGAGCAAGCCGGCCAUGACAAGUUGUAGUACAUGUCUAUAUUUUCAACUCCCGUUAUGCUUUGAUAAGCUGCAAGAAGUGUAAAUAUAGAAGCAAUGCUAAUAGCUUUGAUAGAAGGUUUAGUUAAAAUGACUUUAAACGAGUUAACACAGCAAAUGGUCUGUAGUAGUGUCAUAUUUUAACUUUCACCUUAGUUUUUGAAUUUUAUAUCUGCUUGCGUUAUUGUAUGUUUAUUAUCGUAGUUGAGAGCUGUCCUGCUUAAUAGUAAUUUCAAAAACGUAUGUAUCAGCUUGGACGUAAAUUUGGGCUAUCUAUCACAACGAUGGACUAUGACGAUGCUUAAUCAAUCAUGUUAUUCUCUGUGGCAGAUAUGCCGUUACAAACGACAGCCUGGCAACGGUUGACUGUCCGUUUGAUGCCGUGAAUGCAACAGUCCUCGGCUACUUCGAUGGUACGAACAGAUCAUCUUGUAACCAUGGUUACUGGUACGACACGAGCCAGUAUCACAGCAGCAUCUUCACAGAGUUUGACCUGGUGUGUGACAGCAGUGAGUUGAACCAGUUCGCCCAGUCCAUGUACAUGGUGGGGGUGCUGAUUGGAGCUGUUGGCUUCGGGCAGCUUUCGGACAUGAUUGGCAGAAAGAAGACCCUCUUCAUCGGACUGUUCCUCCAGUUGGGAUUCGGUGUUGCUGUGGCGUUUUCCCCGAAUUAUACAUUCUUCGUCGUGUUCCGAGCUCUUGUCGGCGCCACUACGUCAGCUGUGUUCCUGCCAGGUUUUGUCAUAGGAACAGAACUGGUGGCUCCCAGCAUGAGAACAUGGGCUGGAACUAUCAUCGAGAUCUUCUUCGCCAUUGGCUACAUGCUGCUGGCACUCAUAGCGUACUUCAUCAGGGACUGGAGGACUUUACAACUUGUCAUCAGUGUGCCAAACGCAGUCUUCCUCUUCGCCUAUCCCUUGAUCAUCGAGUCUCCAAGAUGGCUGCUGUCCAAAGGUCGUGACGAGGAAGUGGCCGCCAUUAUGCGGAGGGCAGCCAAGGUCAAUGGGGUCACAUUGCCAGAUGAGGUCUUCACAACAAAGAAAGUUGAGGACAAGCAGCCUAAAGAUGAGAAAACGCACACCAUCAUUGACCUGGUGCGGACACCCAACAUGGCCAAAAAAUCUGUACUGAUUUUUUUCAACUGGUUGGUGAUCACAUUAGUGUAUUACGGUCUGUCCCUCAACACCUCCAACCUGGGAGGAGACGACUACCUCAACUUCUUCAUUGGCGGUGUGGUGGAAAUACCAGCGUACAUCUCGUCUAUCUACAUUGCUGACUGGUUUGGAAGACCAAAGACACAUGCCGGUUACAUGAUCAUCGGAGCUGUGGGCUGUAUAAUAUGUCCAUUCCUCACGGCGCCCUACCUACCGGAACACCUGAAUCCACUGUCCAUCACCCUGGCCAUGAUUGGUAAGUUCGGCGUCACUGCCGGCUUCAACAUCAUCUACCUGUGGACAGCGGAGCUGUACCCAACUAUGGUCAGGAAUGUUGGCGUGGGAGCAUCGUCCAUGUUUGCCCGUCUCGGUGGGAUCAUCUCCCCGUAUGUGGAGCUGUCCAAGAGCGUGUGGGGUCCUCUGCCCUAUAUCAUCUUCGGAGCGCUGUCCUUUCUGGCCGCCCUGGCAGCGCUGCUUCUACCGGAGACGCUCGGUGCAGAGCUUCCGGUCACCCUGGAGGAUGGGGAAAACUUCGGAAAGAAAAAGCCGAAACGAGCCAAGAGCUACGAGGCAAACGGAAGCAAAGAGAAUCAGGCAUACUCUCAUGAUACACUUGGACGUGCAGAAAACGGUUCUGUCUCUAAGAACAUGGAGGUGACUUCACUGUGACUGGAGGGUCGCCACUAAAAAACAACGUUUUUCUCUUCCUCCAUGUACUGGCCAUAUAAAAAGUCUAAGUCUAAGAAAUAUUGAUCCUAGGUCUCAUAAGAUUCAUGUGACCCUGACACACUUUCAGCAUUGUAACUUUUAUUAUUGAAAUAACGUUAAACAUCAGCCAUUGCAUUAAGACACUUGUAUUCUCGAGCGCUCUCCUUGUACAUGCCGAUAACAUGCAUGUAAAUUGCAUGGAACUAUCAGCUUUUAUCACCUUCCUUAUCACGUACUGACACGGUAAAUAAAUUACUGAGGUAGCUGUACCAGUAGCUGUGUCAUAUGCAAAUAAUGAUAUUACCUUCGUCAAGGAAAUUAUCUACAUAAAUGUAUAUAUUUUGAAUCUUGAAAAAUCAAAUGUAUGCAAACCACUAAGAGUCGACCUUUGCACUUAAAAGUUUAUUGACAAUCAUAUAUGUACCACAUCGUGCAAGUACAUCACUAUCAUAAUGACAAAUUCAACACUUAUUAAGGUUGAAAUAUUUGCAAGGGAAAUACUUAAUCAAAAGGGUUACAGACAAGGUGCCAACUUCAGUGUAAAAUGUCGAUUUUUAGAAAAGUCCAUGAUUAGAUUGGUUAUCCAACAUAAUAUUAUGUACUU